AGCAACUCCGGGAACGGGUAUCGGAAUUUCCUCCAACCAGCAGACAACGACGGCGGCAUUAAUCUGGCCAGUGUUUUAGGCAGGAAGAGCGUGCGUUCUUGUGUCGUGGUAGUUUAUUGUGAGAGGCAGCGGAAGAAGUGUGGCAGGAGCAGAACCAGGAGACCGCCGGAGCAACAACAACAACAACAGCAGCAACAGCAACACCGAAAAUGUCCACGAACAGCGGCGGUGGUGGUGGUGGAAACUUUCCAACCAUCGUAGCCGUGUCCAACUAUCACGAUAUUUACGUUCAACAGUCCCGGAACGAGGGGUUAGAUAGCACAAAUACGGCAACAGCAACCACAGCACCUCCGGAUCGAGCGGCACCCGUGAACGCAAGGACGAUGGUGGUGGCUAUUCCCCCACCACAGCAGCAACCGGCCGCAUCAUCAUCGUCGUCGUCAGGCACAGCCCGAAGCGGCGUCUAUCCCACCACUGCCGGGCAACCCACGUUACUAGCGCCAGCCGGCAACGAUCUGCCUUCGUACGAGGAAGCGGUAAACAUCGAGGGACCGCCACCGUCGUACGAUUCGCUGUACGAGGUGGCCCGGGAAGUGCACAAAAAUUCGCUAGGAGUACUAGAUUUUGUAAAGAACAUCGUCAUCCUCGUCCUUGGCACCCUCGGUUGCACCAUCAUCCUCGGUAUCACCAUCGUCAUCCCGGUGUGUAUGCUCGUGUUCGGGACCGUCUACCUGUACGACUGUCCGCAGGGUGAGUACAUCCCGGUCUAUCUGCUCGUCGGCGGUGGCUUUGGAGUGUUGAAGCAGCUGCUACACCUGUCGACGCGGGUGCGCAGCCGGGAGGAGCAGGAACUGGAGCGGCUCCGGCAGACGCCUACCCAAACGCUAAUCAACUGCUUCAUGCUGGGCUGGUUCAUCAUCGGUUCGUUCUGGAUCUAUCGCAUCUACGAGCCGAACUACGAUCCCGCGCUCGGCAAGUACUGCAACAAGUCACUGUACCUGUUCACCUUCUGGCUGAUCACUUCCGUCUACAUGAUGCUCGGCAUCGUAACCGUCGUGCUGUGCAGCGUCAGCAUCAUCAGUCUCAUCUUUCACCGGCACUCCUAAACCGCGUGCACUAAGCUGGUCCACCAGCUGGCUGCCGGUAGGGCAUAGGAAUACACCGGGGGACCAGAAAAUCGGACCGGGUACCCGGCAAAACUCUCCUCCUGCUAGUAAAGGUCCUUUUCUUUUCUUUUGUUUUUUGCGAUUGAAACCACUUCGUAACCAGGCCGUGGAUCUUUUUACAAAUGGUGGUACGCAAAUAGAGGGGACAUUAAGAACGGCCCACUGUUGGGUUUUCCCUGUUCCCAACUAAUCUAUAAGCGAUCGUACAAUCGACAUGCUUAAACACAGUACGCUGAUCGCAUACCCCAACCAGCCGCGCUUCUAUGACGCUUCUGUGACGUGUUUUUGGCCUGAAGGGAGUUGUGGAGACGAUGUACUAAAUCGCAUGCUUCGAUCUGCACGUUGAACGUGAUUUGUUGUUGCUAUGUUUGCGUGUGUAAUGUGUUGCGCGAUGGUAACAGUGAUUGCUUUGGCUCUCUUUUGCACUCUGCUCUCGCUCCAUUUUUCCAAAAAAUAUUAUUUCAUUUUUGUAUGAAAAUUUAAUGAAAACGAGCAACGAAUACAUAAAACACUCUAUGAGAGGACACCGCGUUUGAGGUUGCCCGGUACACUCCUCGAGGAGGCCAGUUUGAGUUAGGGUUUAAGAUUUAGUUAUAAGUUCAAGCGACCGAAACGAUACCUACCAGGGUAAACGACCAGCAGCAAUAGAUCACAUUCUUUCCUUCCACAAUAACAUCUUUUUUUAGAACGAACAUCAUGCCCAAAAACACAUAACCAUGCACACUGCAUGCUCACUAGAUUGUCGUCAUGGUGGUGUGCGCUCUCAUCGUAAUUUCAUCGCACACCACUUAGGCUAGCCAACUAAAUCGAAAUCGAAUUGAAUUAAUUGAGUAUUAAACUGAACCAUAGAACAGGGUCUGAUAGUCAGACAAACGUGGAAGUGAUAUAGAAGACGCUCACUCAAUAGCGGACAACCACUCUCCCCCUCCCCCCGAUGGAAGGCUUAGUUCGAAAAGUGUCUUUCAUUUUUGGCUAGCCACUUUCCUAACGACUUAGAAAAUACUAUCCGCUACAUCUAUAUACAUACAUAUAUAUACAUCUAUAUAUUUGUACGUGUGUGCGUGUGUGUUUCGUGAUAUUUUUCGCUCCUUUAACGACGCACAAAACAGGAUUAUGAAGGCAAACGAGAGAGAGAUAGAGAAAGAGAGACACGUGUAUUUAUCUGCAUAAAGGAAAACUGAAGAAAAGUUUGUUCGCUUCGUUCGAUUACAAAAACAAACAACGCCCCACUAAAAGCACCACUAUGAUAAAUGGUGUAUCCAUAAUUAUUAUUAAAUUUGUUUAGAUGUUUAACAACCAACAACCACCAACCGAUUCGCACUACAUGAUAGCGACGAGGAUGAUAAUGAUGAUGAAUGAAUGAAUGAGGCCAGACCGGAGUCCAUUUUUUACUGCGUGGUGUGGCAUGCGUCAGGGGAUACGAUAGAAGGGUGGGAAAUUGGAAACUUGAAACAAAAAAAAACGAUACUAUAUAUAUAUAUACAUAUAUUUACUCGAGAACACUGCUGAGAUGAGUUUUGAUGAGCAUGGUUAGGGUCCCUUUAGUCCCCUAAGUCAGCCUGCUGCCAAAGAGUACGCUCGGAGGGAAGACGGGGGAGGGAUACGCGCCAUGAACGCCUCGCGAUUGCUUCGACCGGAUGUGCCGCUCUAGGUGAGAUGAGACACGGGAAUGUUUCCAUUUCUUCAAAUUGCCAGAACCAAUAAAGAUAAACACACCUUCAAAACACACUCUGACCACGUACCU